GUUCAAGGUGGAUCGUUCGGAAUGGCUUACAGAAGGGACAGGCCUCUGCCCUUUGACAACCGAGAUGUACCAGAAGGCUGGAGAGUCCAGUACGUACGUGAAGGACUCGGUAGCUGUCCUGGAGCCCCUGGCAGGCAGCAUAUUCGUCCUGCCCGCGG